UAUGUCACCUGAAUAUGCAAUGCAAGGACUAUUUUCAAUAAAGUCUGAUGUAUAUAGCUUCGGGGUAUUGCUACUAGAGAUCAUUACUGGUAAAAGGAACAGUACUUAUGAUCAUGAUGGUCCUUCCUCAAAUUUGAUUGGACAUGUUUGGUACCUAUGGAGAGAAGACAAUGCCAUUAAAAUGGUCGACCGAUCACUAGAUGAGACAUACCCUGGUAAUGAAGUUUUGAGAUGCAUUCAAAUUGGGCUUUUGUGCGUGCAAGACCAUGCAAUAGACCGACCAACCAUGUCAACAGUUGUUUUUAUGUUGGGUAAUGACACAUCUCUUCCUUCUCCAAAACAACCUGCAUUUAUUGUGAAAGGUACUUACAAUGGUACUAACAAAUCAACUAGUGAAGCAUCUAAUUCUGUAAAUGAAAUUACACUUUCUAGAAUUGACGGUCGUUAA